GUGACAGCCGGGGAGCCUCCGCCCAGAAACCGCUCCUGCCAGGCGGACUGACAACAGCCUCCACCCGCUAACCGGGAGCUGCAGGAAUGACCGACAAUAUCCCCCUACAACCCGUGAGGCGGCCGAAAAGAAACGACAGUAAAAACAGAAAUGGGUGCUGCCCGUGGUCGCGAUGCUGUGGCAUGGGCGACUUCCGUCCCCGCACCGUGUGGCUCGGCCACCCAGAAAAGAGGGAGCAGAGGUACCCGAGGAAUGUCAUUAACAACCAGAAGUACAACUUCUUCACCUUCCUGCCUGCGGUGCUGUUUAAUCAGUUCAAGUACUUCUUCAACUUGUACUUUUUGCUCCUGGCCUGCUCUCAGUUUAUCAACGAGCUACGACUAGGAGCGCUCUACACCUACUGGGUCCCUCUGGGUCUGGUUUUGGCUAUUACCAUCAUGAGAGAGGCAGUUGAAGAAAUAAGAUGCUACCUUCGAGACAAAGAAGUGAACUCUCAGAUUUACAGCAAGCUUUCAACAAGAGGCACAGUGAAGGUUAAAAGCAGCGGCAUCCAGGUUGGAGAUCUUAUAAUCGUGGAGAAGAACCAGCGAGUUCCUGCUGACAUGAUCUUUUUAAGGACCUCGGAAAGAAAUGGCUCCUGCUUCCUGCGCACUGACCAGCUGGACGGAGAGACGGACUGGAAACUACGCCUCCCAGUGGCCUGCACUCAGAGACUGCCCACUGCUGCUGACCUUCUACAAAUCAGAUCAUAUGUGUAUGCAGAAGAGCCAAACAUUGAUAUCCAUAACUUUGUUGGAACUUUCACCAGGGAAGACGGAGACCCUCCAGUCAACGAGAGUCUCAGCAUUGAAAACACUCUGUGGGCCAGCACUGUUGUUGCCUCUGGCACGGUGGUGGGGGUGGUGAUCUACACCGGCAGGGAGCUGCGCAGCGUCAUGAACACCUCCAACCCCCGGCACAAGGUGGGUUUGUUUGACUUGGAGGUGAACUGUUUGACUAAGAUCCUGUUCGGGGCCCUUGUGGUGGUGUCGCUGGUCAUGGUGGCCCUUCAGCACUUUACCGGCCGUUGGUACCUCCAAAUCAUUCGCUUCCUGCUGCUCUUCUCCAACAUCGUGCCCAUCAGUUUGCGUGUCAACCUGGAUAUGGGGAAAAUGGUUUUCAGUUGGAUGAUAAAGAAAGACUCCAAGAUCCCCGGGACGGUGGUGAGAGCGAGCACCAUACCGGAGCAGCUUGGACGCAUCUCCUACCUGCUGACGGACAAAACAGGAACUCUCACUCUGAAUGAAAUGGUGUUCAGGCGCCUCCAUCUUGGAACGGUGGCGUACGGGAUGGACUCGAUGGAUGAAGUACAGAGCCACGUGUUCAGCGCCUACACACAGCCCAGCCAUGACCUCCAAGCCUCCAGAGCUCCAGCAGCCACUAAGGUCCGCAAGACCAUCAGCAGCAGAGUCCACGAGGCGGUGAAGGCCAUCGCGCUGGUGCACAACGUGACGCCCGUGUACGAAGCCAACGGAGUGACGGACCAGGCCGAGGCGGAGCAGCACUAUGAAGACACGUGCAGAGUGUACCAGGCCUCCAGCCCCGAUGAGGUGUCGCUGGUGCAGUGGACUGAGAGCGUGGGCCUCACUCUGGUGGGAAGAGACCAGUCCUCCAUGCAGCUGCGGACCCCUACUGGACAAAUACUGAACUUCACCAUCCUGCAGAUAUUCCCCUUCACCUACGAGAGCAAGAGGAUGGGCAUCAUAGUGCGAGAUGAAUCUACUGGAGAGAUCACUUUCUACAUGAAGGGUGCAGAUGUGGUGAUGGCAGGCAUCGUGCAGUAUAACGACUGGCUGGAAGAGGAGUGCGGGAACAUGGCGAGGGAAGGCCUCAGGGUCCUUGUGGUGUCAAAGAAGUCCCUGACAGAGGAGCAGUAUCAAGAUUUUGAGGCACGUUACGUCCAGGCCAAGCUCAGCGUGCAUGACCGCUCUCUGAAGGUGGCCACAGUGAUCGAGAGUCUGGAGAUGGAGAUGGAGCUGUUGUGUCUGACCGGGGUGGAGGACCAGCUCCAGACGGAUGUGCGGCCCACACUGGAGAUCCUCCGCAACGCAGGAAUCAAGGUGUGGAUGCUGACAGGAGACAAGCUCGAGACGGCCACAUGCACGGCGAAGAACGCACAUCUGAUCACCCGCAACCAGGACAUCCACAUCUUCAGAUCCGUGACAACCCGAGGGGAAGCCCACCUGGAGCUCAACGCCUUCAGGAGAAAACACGACUGCGCUCUGGUGAUAUCGGGGGACUCGCUUGAGGUUUGUCUGAAAUACUACGAGUAUGAGUUCAUGGAGCUUGCGUGUCAGUGUCCCGCUGUGGUUUGCUGCCGAUGCACCCCCACCCAGAAGGCUCAGAUAGUGCGGCUGCUGCAGGAGCGCACAGGGAAACUCACCUGCGCUGUAGGGGACGGAGGAAACGAUGUCAGCAUGAUCCAGGAAGCGGACUGUGGCGUGGGAGUGGAGGGAAAAGAAGGCAAGCAGGCCUCGCUCGCCGCAGACUUCUCCGUGACUCAGUUCAAACAUUUGGGCCGUCUCCUCAUGGUCCACGGACGCAACAGCUACAAGAGAUCGGCAGCGCUCAGCCAGUUCGUCAUCCACAGGAGCCUGUGCAUCAGCGCCAUGCAGGCGGUCUUCUCCUCUGUUUUCUACUUUGCUUCAGUCCCUCUCUAUCAAGGAUUCCUGAUUAUUGGCUACUCCACGAUCUACACCAUGUUCCCCGUGUUCUCCCUGGUGUUGGACAAAGAUGUCAAGUCAGAGGUGGCCAUGUUGUACCCUGAGUUAUACAAAGAUCUCUUAAAGGGCCGACCACUAUCUUUCAAGACCUUUCUAACAUGGGUACUAAUAAGUAUCUAUCAAGGGAGCAUCAUCAUGUACGGAGCGCUGCUGCUCUUCGACUCUGAGUUCCUGCACAUCGUCUCCAUCUCCUUCACCUCUCUGAUCCUGACGGAGCUGCUGAUGGUGGCGCUCACCAUCCAGACGUGGCACUGGCUCAUGAUCGUGGGCGAGCUCCUCAGCUUGUCCUGCUACAUCGCCUCGCUCGUCUUCUUGCCCAGCCUCAUAGACAUUUACUUCAUCACCACGGUGUCGUUCCUGUGGAAGGUGACGGUGAUCACGCUGGUGAGCUGUCUGCCUCUCUACAUCCUGAAGUACCUGCGCAGACGCUUCUCCCCCCCAAACUACUCCAAGCUGAGCACCUAAAGAGUGGGAGGAGCCUCACUUACUGCGGGGAAACAGAGGGGCCUGCGCUUAGACCCGGGGAUCAAACACGGAUUCAUCCCCUUUCAUUUGUCCUGAAAUUCCUACUUGGAAAUGAGAAAGACGGGACAAUUUUGUCAGGGGUGCUACUGAGGGGGAGAGUUUUUAGGCUAAAAUGCUACUUGCUGCACGUGUUUGAUGCAAAGACUAAUGAUUCCUCUGUGUGGAGAAGACUUGCAGUGAACUGGAGGAAGAGUUAGUUUGACCCACUUAUUUAUUCGUCCUAGAAUUAUGAGCAUAAAAACUGUCCUGAACAGAAAUGUAAAUAUGUAAUGUAAAAAUAACUAAGGCACAGAGUCAGUUCAGUAAAUUAUGCACAUCCUGUUUAUUUAAAAAUAUCAGAAAUCAUAUCAAAGGGAAGUAACUGGAAAGUUGGACGUCUCCCCUGUUUCUGUGUAUGUGUCAUUCGGGCUGGAAACUAACUCUUUUCCAUUUCCAUCCAAAAUAGUCGAACCACAUUUAUUGUUAGACACUGAAACUGACGUAGCAUUCUCACUCAGGACCUGAUUCACACUCUCCUCAACACUGAUUUCUCAUUAUAUGAUACAAAAAAAGUGACUAGACUUUGCAUAGAACACAGGCCUGUGAGUUUGUGUUUAUUUGUUUAUGCGUCAGCGCGACACAGCCGGAGGUGGUGCGGUCGUUUCUUUUAGCAUGACCCGUGAUGUUAAAUCUGUCUCUGUGUGUUCGGACCCCGAGAUGUUGGUGUGUGUGUGUGUGUGUGUGUGUGUGUGGAGCGCGGUGAGAGCAACCACAGAGGAGAGGCCCUUAUGUGCAGCUCCCGUCAGGCGGUGUGUGUGUGUGUGUGUACGUGUGUGUGUGUACGUGUGUGUGUGUGUGUGCAGCCUUUGAAGUGGUGGGCCACACUUUAACUUUGCAUGAUGACUCACUGUACCGGUGACCUCCUGAAGCCAUAACUGAAAACACCCGGUGACCCCCCCCCCUCACUCCUCACUGCUACUAACCUCCACAGUUCAGCUGUGAAAGAAAAAAGGGAUUGAAUCACCUCUCCUCAGUUAAAACAACUCAAGUGUUAAUAAGUAUUACUACUGCACAGUGGGAGAGAAUACGAUACACACUCCUCAUAUUUCAUUUGAAUGGUGGUUUGAUUGAAGAGAUACUGUAAAUAAUCGGCAACUAACAGAAAACCAUGAGUACGAUGUCACUUAAAUUACUUUCAAAUGAUUUAGAUUGAGCUGUAAAAAAAAGUCUGAUGUGACUUGAUGAAUUUGAAAGUGUCGAACAGAGCGUGCCAUGAAUAAUACCGUCUGUAAAAUGUUCAAGAAAAGUUUUAUCUCUGAUUUCAGCGAGCUGUUUGCACAGACUUUUCUUUUGUACUACUGAUUUAUUAUAUUUUUAUGUUGGCAAAACAAAAAUGAAGCUAAAAGAAUUUGGUUGCUUGUAAAUAACAAUAAUUGUUUUUUUAAUGUAUUAACAUGUUUUAUUUAAUGGUGUUGAUUGCACUAAAAUGAGCAGAACAAAAAGGGAGAACUGUGUCAAUGUUGUGAUGAUUAAUAAUAAAUCUCAUGUUUUCUUUA